AUGGCAGCCUGCAACAGGAGAGGGCGCAAAGCGGAGGCGCAUCGACGGUGGGAGUCCGUGAGCAGCACCAUCGACAUCCCGUGCGGAGUGGUGCUCAAUGACCUGCCGCACGCAGCAGUCAAAAGCGUAGCACCUUCUUUCCAGAACAAACCCAGCAGCAGCACCAGUAGCGAGGCGCUCGCCGCCCGCGCUACUCCUCCUGCUCGCCAGCAGGAUGGUCACCCCGGCGGUGAUGAUGAUGGUAGCAGUGGUGUCAACAGUGGUGGUGUUGGUGUAGCUGGGCCUGCACACGAGCAGACCAGUGGCGGCGGCACCAUGUGGGAGGACGACGGCGACGACGACGACAAGGAGGUGUACAUCCCCACCGAGGAUCUUGGCGUGUUCAUGGCUACCUUGAUGGACGGGAUGAGGUCGGACGGGGUGCAGCUGGCGCAGUCCGCCAAGAGCGUCGUCGCGAACACUUAUCAGGUGGUCGUGCGCCCGUGGGAGGCCGUGACGCGCAUGGCGGCCCCGUUCCUGCCGACCAACCCCCCCCACAUCCAGCCCUCGCGGGAGAACACCAGGCGCGGCCACGAGCUCCUCGACAACGCCCUGGCCUUCCGCAUGCCGGGGGCUUUCGGCUCCGCCCGGCCCCGCCAACCAGGCGUCGCCGACGACAGGGUGGGCGCUGGAAACGGAGGAGGGGGAGCUCUACGGACGAUUGACGGCAAUUCCCCUCCUCGCUCGACGCCCCCCUCUUCGCCGUCGAGAGGGAGGAGUAGCCGUGCGGCGGUGGCCGGCGGCGGCGGCGGCGGCGACGCGCGAGCGGCGGGCGUGCGAAAGCGCGGCAGGGGGGCGCAGAGGGGCAGGCUGGGCGCCGUCAAGCUGGACGCGACGCCGCCCAAGGAUGGCGGCAGCGGUGGCAGCAGGAGCGGGUGCGAGUUGCCGUCGGCAGCGGUAGAACCGGCUGCGGCUACGACGGCACCCUUAAGGUCCUGUUCCCCGUCCGCCUCACCGUUGCAAGAGUGUGGCAUGGGCGGCGGGCUGCUCCGUAGGCUGUCGCUGAGCAAGUCGCCGCCACGCCGCGGCCUAUCCUUCAAGAAUGUCCUGCCGUUCGGCGGCGGUGGCGGCGGCGGCGGCGGCGGCGGUGAAACGGGUAGUAGUACACACCGUUGUCGCGCUGUUGCCAAGCCGGCAGCGGCAGCGGGCGUGGGAGGAGAGAGAGCGGGCACCGGGGCCGCCCCCCGCCGGCCGGCGGCGGUUGUCACCGAGGGCUCUCGCAUCGAUCUGCGAGGGCUGGACAGGGCCAAGGGGGGCAACAACCCCCGCGCGUACCGGUGCAAGGACGGCUCGAUCGUUGUGCUCGGGCGCGAGAGGAUGCUCAGCGUUCUUCCGGAUGGCAGCAGCAGCGGCGCCGAGAGCGGCAGUGGUAUCGACGGCGGCAACGGUGGCGGUGGCGGCGCUGGAAGCAGCGGCUUGGUGACGUGGGUGCUCAGGUAUACGGAGCUGGAGAGCUGCAGCAUUAACGUCUCUGCCGGAAAGGAGUCGGAGCACGCCGUCGGGGACGUGGUUGUCGAGGUCACGACCAGGCCAAAGACCGAAGCGAGCGGCACGGGCAGCAAGGCCGCCAGCACCACCAACAAGCCCGGCCGGCGCAGCUUCUGCCUCACGAACCCGUCCGACUGCCUGGAGCUGCUUCGGUCCAUCCAACUCCGCUGGCAGCCUUCUUCCUCCCCUCCCUCGUCUUCUCCCGCCUCCUCGUCGUCCUCGGCUAGCGGCGCGGCGGGAAAGGAAAAACCCCUCGCGAUGGACUCUGCGGUUCUUGGCGACAGUACUCCCUCGAGGGUGGGCGAUUCCGGCGGCACCGGCGACGCCUGCUGGGGAAAAGCGGGAGGAGAAGGAGGAGGAGGCCAUGACGACAACGGUGCUGGCGACAACAACAGCAGCAGUCUGGGCGCCGUCACACCCCUUCGGGAGCUACGAGAGGGAUUCGCUGCCGGCGGCUCCGGCGGGGGUGCGGGGGGCGGGGUUGUUUCUCCGUCAUCGCCGCCGCCUCCCCGGCGCGAGGCCUCGGUCGUGCUCUCGCCGCCGGGGUCGAAGAGCGAGGCGGGUAGCGUUGCAUCGUCGCCGUUUAGCGGAGUGAAGAGGGGAGUGAUUAUCUUGGAAUCACCGGCAAAGGUGUUGCGGGACCAGCUCAAGGAGAGGCACGAGCAGCACGAGCGGGGCCUCAAGGAAGACCUCGAGCAGAGGCGCAAGUCGAGCAAGGCGAGCCUGAUGCGGCGGCGAGAGCUGCGCCGGCGGAGCGUCUCCCAGAGCCCUUGCCGCAGCGGCUGCGGCGGUCUCAAUACAAGAGGUUUUGACCCCUCGCCCUUGCAGAUGCCUCCCUCCAAGCUGCCGGAUGGUGCUGCGGCCCCCGAGGUUGAAACGGCGGGGUCGAAGCAGCCAAGCCUGUCGAAGUACAAGAACAUGAAGAAGGCUGGGCUACCAGACGGUGCUAUCCGCCAGAAGAUGACGAUGGACGACAUGGCUUCCUACGUCGGCCUUGUCCUCGACCCUGCUUCGUCUUCGGCCAUCCCUGCGGCAGCGAUGCCGCCACCACCGGCGCGUGCUGGCUCGGCAGCAGCACUGGGAUCGGCGGCAGCGCAACCAUCACCGGCCGUGCCGAAGACCCCGCCUGCUGCUGCUGCUGCCACAGUUGCCAACGCGACCACGCCUUCCCCCGGUGGAAUACCCCCGCCCCCACCCCUACCUCUCUCGAGCAAAAUCCCGCCGCCGCCGCCGCCCAUGCCCGGAAUGCUCACCGUCCCGCCCCCUCUGCCCGUUGCCUUGGGUCGUGGGUGCAGCGACAAGUCGCUCCUGGGCCCGGGGCUACGGCCGAGGUCGGGGCCUCCCUGCAGCCCGCUCGAUUCAAUCAGCAGCUGCCGCAGCGAAGGCGGAGGGUUUUUCGGAGGGCGGGCCGGGGGGUCGGUGCCACCCCCCGCCCCCACGCCCACGCUGAGACGCACAUCGAAACCCCUGCUAAACUUUCACUGGGACGUGCUUCCCCCCGCGAAGAUCGAGCGCACGGUCUGGGCGAAGAGGAGGACGGCGGCGGCGGCGGCAGCUGCCAUGGUCGGCGGAGGAAGAGAGGCGUGCGGGUCGCCGCGGACGACGCUGAGCGUAGACGACGCGGAGGUUGAAGAGCUGGAGAAACUGUUUUCCAAGAAAACGGCAAAGGCGGCGGCGUCUGCCGCCGCCGCAGGGCAGGGAGGGCGUCGGGUUACGCUAGGGGCAGGGACGGGCGGGCCAGGCCUGGGCGGUGCCGCCGUUGAGGGGAAGGGUCUCGGUGGCUCCUCAGGCGGUGGCCGUGGGGGUGGGGUGGGGCGCGGCGGCGGGGGCGGUGCAGGGGGUAGGGUGAAAAAAGUGAGCCUGCUGGACGUGAACCGCGGGAACAACGUGGCCAUCGGCCUGAAGGCUUUCCGCAGGGUCGGGGACGUGUCGGAGCUCGCGAGACUUGUGUCGGGCCUGGACCCGAAGGAGGUCUUGACGACCGAAGAUUUGCAAAGGCUGGAGGGGUGCCUCCCCACGGCGCAGGAGCUGAGGACAGUGAUGGCCUUUUCGGGCCCGGCGGCCGCGCUGGGGUCCGCAGAGACCUUCUUCCGCGCGCUCAGGGACACCCCCCGGCCAGCCUCCAAGGUUUCGGCCGUGCUGUUCUCGAGGCAGUUCUUGGGGUCCGUGGCGGGAGACGCGGAAUCGAGGGUGGAAACGCUGAGGAUGGCCUGCGAGGAGGCAAUGGAGAGCGACCGGCUUGCUGCAGUGUUGGAGAAGGUGCUCGACAUCGGAAACCUCUUGAACGAAGGUACGUACCAGGGCAACGCCUGCGGCUUCCGCAUCUCGUCGCUCCUCAAGCUCAGCCACACCAAGUCCCACUCGGACAAGAAGACCACGGUGCUGCACUACAUGGUAAGGACCUUCGCCGCCAAGGAACGGGCCGCCGCCGCCGCCGCUUCUCCACCCGCGUCCGGCAAGACCCUGAAAUCAAAAACUCCUCCGCGUUCGUCCGCGGAGAAGCAGCGCAGUGCCGCGUGGCCUGGCGGAGCACCGCCGGGGUGUCGCGGCAGCGGUAUGAGCGGUGGUGGGACAAGAGCUUCUGGGGUGAGGCGAGAGGUGUCGGGGACGUCGUCGGGUGCGGCGUCUCCCGGGGCGGGGGCGUCCCAGCGGGGCGCGGUGACGCCCGCUCGGGGGGGGUCGGCGGUUCGAGCGAACAGUGGUUAUCUUCUUCGUGCCGGCGGCAAGCGGCGGGGUAGCCCGGCGGCGGCGGUGCAGCUAACGCGGGUCGAGGCGCUCGACCUCGAGUCCGAGCUGAAGCACGUGAGACAGGCGUCCAAGACUCCGGUGGGGGAGAUCAUGAUAGACGUGAGGCAGGCCAGGAAGGGGCUGAGGCAGGCCAAGGAGGAGCUCGACCGCACCCUCGUUGAGGAAGAGAAGAAGAAGGAGGAGACCAAGGGAGUAGGAGCUUCGGCUGCCGGCGGCGGUGCCGCUAAGGCAGCGGCGAGCAGGCCGUCUGACGUCUCGGAGAGGUCUUGUUCUUCUUCUUUGUCCCCGGCGGCAAGGGGUUCGUCUUCGUCCUCCCUGUCAAGGGAAGGGGAGAUCGAGGGUGGCAGCUCCGCCGGCGUCCGCAAGCUGGCGGCCUUCGUGGAGGAGGCCGAGGCCCGGCUGUCGUCCAUCGAGCAGAGGGCGAGGGCGUGCAUCGGCCUCUGCAAGGGGCUCGGCGAGUUCUUCGGGGAAGGGGACGACGAGGCACAGUCGGCUCACAUCUUGCGCACCCUCGUUGACUUCAUGGAUCUCCUGGAGGAGGCUAAGAAAGUCGAGGGCCUUUGCUGAUGGUCAUCAGGGAUGGCCUUUGCUCCGCGGUUUUGUGUUUUUCGCUGCUGUUUUUCGUCGUGCUUGACGACCAUGUUUGCAACUGUUUUUGAGUUUUGUACGAAGGAGGGACGAGGAACCAGGGCAUGCGCAUCUCCGCUGCGAUUCGUGAGCAUCGCUCUAUCUAGUGCAAGCAGUGGUGUCAUGAAUUCCCGACCUCGCUUGGCUUCCAAGAUUCCUAGUGACCUUUUUUCAAUGCGCGUUUUGCUUCCACCAGCUUUCCUUUAUGUCGAAGGCGUUCCUUUUGCUCUCUGUCAGUGCUUUCUUUGGCUUCCUCCACUACUGCUGUUAUCCCUCCUGUGUUUUCCGGCUGGUUGUGAGAGUUUUCAAUACCAGGGAAAUACGUCCGUAUUGGGUGCUCAUAAGCUAGAACCUGCAACAGGGCAAGCCGACAGAGCAAGUUCCGAACUGCGACUUCGAGGCCAGGAGCUACACUGUGUACUUACUGUCUACAGAAUCAACAUCAGGAACAAAAUGUACUUAUUUUUGACGACAUGCACCCGAACAUCGUCCAUCGGUGCGAGGAGGGAGCAUCAUAUGAAUGAUGGGUACUGCUGUUGAUGGGAUGCCGUUUGUGUGCGUUGAUGCUGUUUCCUGUGUGGUGUGCAGUCAGCAAACAACAGUCAGUAUAGGUACAGCAAGCAGUACACCGUUGAUGGUUGAUCAUAUUUUUUUGGUUCCACUGCUGUCGACGAAAUGUGGCGUUUCGUGUACGAACUUACGAACUCGUCAUCUCGUCCUGUGUGAUGAGUGAUGCGUGAUGGUCACGGAAUGC